UUGAAACUCAUCUUUUGUAUGAGCUGUGACCAAAAUUCCAUUCAUUCCCCACCUGUUUAUUUUUUUACUUCAAACUAAUAUUCCAUAACUUAGAAACUACACACACUUCCCUUUUGGUUCUGAUCUGAAUUGCAGAAAUGGGUACUUUCUGUGGUGAAACUCAAAGUGUAGAUCAUAAACAUGUUAUAGAGGAGGACCACAAAUGCAGCAAGAAAAUGGAAGUAGAUGAAGGUUUGAAUUUGAACACUGUGGCAUGUUUAAGAGGGAGGUUAUUAGCAGAAAGACAUGCUUCAAAAGUAGCUAAGGAAAAAGCAGAAUCAAUGGCAAACAAGUUGGUUGAAUUGGAAAAAUUGCUUAAAGAAGAGAUCAAAUUAAGAGAUAAAGCAGAGAGAAAGCUUAAAUAUUUAAAGAAAAAAGUUGAAUCUUUCUGUAUAUCUUCCAAAUCAAGACAAUUGGGGCAUUCUGAUUCAUCAGAAAAAAGUGAAAAUUCUUGUGGGUCAUCAUCAAUUAGUUCAAAUUCCAAAUAUUCAGAACCAAAAAAUCCAUCUUUGACACAAAAUGUUGAGCCAAAUCACAAUGUUACAAAAGAUUGUGAUUCUCAGAUUACUGAUAGUUUCAGCAGUAAUUAUUCAGAAAAUGGAUAUUCUUCUUCUCCACAAAUUCUUAGCCAGAAUCCAAAUCCAAAUUCUGAGUCUGAAGAUUUGAAGAAUGAUGGAAGCAGGCUUUCUAAUUUAAGCACAAAAUCAUCAGUGACAGAGAAUGAGAGUGAUCAUUUAGAUUCCUUUGAUAAUUCUUUGGCAUUAGUUCCUGUGAAUAUGACAGCAACAUUUCAAGCUAAGAGUAAUCACAAACCAGUUAAUGGAAGUGUUUUUGAAGCUCUAGAUGCAUUAAGGGUUGCUAAAGAAAAACUUCAAAGUUCAUUGGGAACAAGACAAAUGAUUCAUGUUGGCCUAAUUUAACUUUAAGCUCUCACUCUGAGAUCAACAAUCAAACUCAGUAUCCUGAUUUCUUAAAGCACAAUGUGCACUGUCAAAUAGUAAUAAGGCUAAAUUAUUUGAUCUUUUUCUGUAUUACUCUCUUUGGUUUAUAAUAUCUAUUAUAUUUGAAAGAAAAAAAAAAAAAGUCCUACAAAGACUACCAAAUUUUAUUUUCAACGCAAUUUUAAUUUUUUUUUAAUUGUAUCAUCUAAUUAAUGUUAUGUGUAUCGGUCUUAAAUUAUUAUUCUUUAUUUUUGUAUUUUUUAUAAACGAAAUACAUCAAUGAUCAACAUAGUUAAGGAGCAAUGUAUUGUAGGAAAUGACAGUAUUAAACAUGUAGAUAGAGAUAGCUACACAGUGAUAAGAGUGGUAAAGUUCUUGUGAAUUGUGGUUUCAUUUAUCACACAGAAAUCAUGUGAUGUUGUGAUGUGUUGUCAGUUUAAGGCUUCAACUCUCUCUAUGGAGUUACACUCUUUUUGUCCC